CUAAGAAAUGGCAAAAAAUUUGGUCAAAAUUGUAUUGAAAUAGAUUCAAAAUAUGAUUUAAAUAAUAAUAAGGUUCCAGUAUUAGUAUUUGUUACUGAAAAUAACAGUGACUCUAGAACACCACUUGCUUUUGAUAAGAAAAUUAUUGAAAAUUUAAAAGAAUUAGAAUAUUUAUUAAUAUAUGAAGGAGAUACUGAUAUAGCAUAUGAUGAAAUAAUCAGACUCUAUUAUUUACAAGAAGAAUCGGUAUUUUCGCCAAAAGAUAAUAAUUCUGAAUGUAAUUUAGAUCCUUUUAGACCACCAGAAUUGAAACAUAAAACUAAUAAAGGAGCACUACCAAAAGCUGUGAUAAAAUCACGUAAACUAUUACAGAUUCUUCAAACCUCUCAAUCAAAUUCUCAAAAUGAAACCAAUUCUUUUGCUUCAGAAAAAAAAAAUACUAAAAGAGCAAGAAAAAAUCUUCGAAAUACAAAA